CGCCACAGCAUCACCACAGCACAGCAUCCCUCAUCUCUUCUCAUCUCCCAGCGUGUCUGUCUGUCUGUCUGUGUCGCGGCUACAGACAGACAUACUGACAGACAGACAAAAGACAGUCCAGCCACACACCAAUUAAAGAUGGCAACCUCGAGGUGGCCACGCCCUUGUCCCUGCCCCUGCCUGCUGCCGCUGAUGCUACUGCUGGCGCUGCUGCUGCUGGUACCCCCACUGGAAGCCGAUACGCCCCGACCCGCUGCCCCAUUCCGCCCCCGCCCCAGCCCCACGUCCCCGCCUUCCCCUGUGGCCUGCCCCGUCCCCAGAGUCGAUGUGGCGGCCUGGCUCGCUGUCUACAACCGUGAGCUGCUCCGCGUGAGGCAGCAGCAAGCGCAGCAGGCGUGGGAGGCGCUCACCGGCCGCCCACCCCACGCCCCCUCCCGCCCCCGCCAUACCCUCAGCGCGGCGGACACGGCCAGGUGGCAGGAGCAGAGGGCGUGGGAGGCGCGCUGCUUCUUCAGGAGUAACGCCACGGAGCCCCAACGCCGCAUGCUGCACCUCAUCGCCAGGGGGCCUCGCUACUCCCUCUCCCAGGCCAGGCAAGCAAAGUCCCUCAGCAGGAUAGGAACUUGCAGCCUUGCCAGAUUGUCGUACUCAGCCGCUUAUAUUCCCCGACUUCCUACCCCAAAACUGCAACGGUCCCUGGGGUCGCUAGUGGGUGCGCUGCGGCGACGGUACAGCAACACGACGGUCACCCUCGGACACGUGACCCUGCGCGGCGAGGCUGACCUGACCCGCCUCAUGACCUCCUCCCGCGACCCCGAGCUGCUAACGGCGGCGUGGCGGGGCUGGCACGACGCCCUCAGUGCUGCCGCCGCGCCGCUGUUCACGCGAGCUGUGGCGGUGAUGAACAGCGCGGCGCGGCGGGGAGGAUAUAGGGACAUGGGCGCGGCGUGGCGGGCGGAGCUGGAGCUGGGCGGCGGCGAGGGCGUGCAGGCGGUGGUGGAGCGGCUGUACCGUCAGGUGGCGCCGCUGUACCGCCUUCUGCACGCCGUGGUCCGGGGCGCCCUCAGGAAGCAUUACGGCAGGGAGCUGGUGCGGCGGGACCAUCCCAUUCCCGUCCAUCUGUCAGGAGAUUUAUGGGGCCAAGACUGGACAUUUCUACUCGACCUCCUCCUCCCUCUCCCUCCCUCCUUUGGCCCCGCCCCGCCCCGCCCCGCUGCUCCUGCCCCGUCGCCCCCCCGCCCCGAUGACAACAACCUCCUUGCUGUCGAUAUUGUCAAGAAGGCGCAGCGGGUGUUCGAGGGCCUGGGCUUCCCCCCGCUGCCCCCCUCGGUGCUCACCCACGCCUGGCUCGGGGGUGGCGGGGGGCGGGAGGGGGGAUGUCACCCGAGCGCCCUAGACAUGUUCACACCUGGAGAUUACAGGCUGGUGGUGUGUGGUGGGCGGAGCGGCGGGGUCGGGGGCGGCAGCGACAGGGGCGGGACAGCGGUGCAGGAGGCCCUUCACGAACUGGGUCACGUCCACUACUUCCACGCCUACAGACACCUUCCGCCCGUCUUCAGGGACGCGCCUAACUCAGCCCUUCACGAGGCCAUCGGUGACACGGUACAGCUGGCGGCCUUGGCACAUGACCCCCUUCGGAGCCUUCUGAGGGAGGCUCUCAGCAAACUGCCGCGCUUCGCCUUCGCUGCCGCCCUUGAGACCUGGCGCUGGGACGUCUUCCAGGGCACGGUAGGCCCCUCGGAGUACAACCCUUCCUUCUGGCGGCUGCGGGCGCACUACCAGGGCGUGUCCCCCCCCUCCCCCCGCCCACCCCACGCCCUCGACGCCGCCGCCAAGUACCACGUCGCCCACAACAUCCCCUACGUCAGGUACCUCGUGGCCGUGGUGGCUCAGUUCCAGGUGCACCAAGGACUGUGUGAGGCUGCCCUGGGACGCCCGCUGCCCCUGCCCUCCCACGCCUGCCCCCCCGCCGCCCUCCGCACCGCUGCCCCCACCCUCAGGAGGGUCAUGUCCGCCGGCGCCUCGGUCACGUGGAGGGAGGCGCUCGGGGCUCUAACUGGGGGCUCGCGGGACCUGGACGCCGCGCCGCUGCUGGAGUACUUAGCGCCGCUCACCAGAUGGCUGCAGAGGCGCGUCCGGGCGGAAAACCUAACGCUGGGGUGGUAGACGAAGACUGAAGAAGGGAAGAAGAGAAGAAAGGAGGAGGAGGAGGAGGAGGUAUGGAGGUCUGAAGGGUAAGAUAGAGGAGAGAGAAAGGACUGUAUAAAGAAGAGAAG